GCGGCCAAUGGGCGGGCGGAGAGGCGCCGCGAGGCAUGACGGCGCCGGGCAGCGCGGGGCCGCCGGGCAGCUCCGCGCCGAUGCACGAGCGGGCCGCCCCCCCGAGGAGCCCCCAGCCCAUGCCGGGCCGCGACAGGCUGCAGGCGGCGUCCAGGGAGCGCAGCGCGGAGGCCCCGGACGGCAGCCUCGAGGCCCUGAAGGAGGAGGACAUCAAGAAGUGCCAGCGGGAAGCGGCCGCCAGCAAGUACAACUCCCAGUACCACAAGCUGUUCAAGGACAUCCCGACGGAGGAGAGCGUGCUGAAAGUCUGCUCCUGCGCGCUGCAGAGGGACAUCCUCAUCCAGGGGCGGCUUUACAUCUCCCCGAACUGGCUCUGCUUCUAUGCCAACCUCUUCGGGAAGGACAUCAAGGUCGUGAUCCCGGUGGUCUCCGUGCAGCUCAUCAAGAAGCACAAGACGGCGCGGCUGCUGCCCAACGGGCUGGCCAUCACCACCACCGCCAGCAGGAAGUACAUCUUUGUGUCGCUGAUCUCCCGUGACAGCGUGUACGACGUGCUGCGGAGGGUCUGCACACACCUGCAGGUUUCGAGUAAGAAGAGCCUGAGCCUGAAGGAGCUGACAGAGGAGCCCGAUGCCGUGUCCCUGGAGGUGAUCGUCCCCGAGGGCAAGUGGAGGAAGGUGUCCCCUGCCUCGCUGUCCCUGUCCCUUCCCGACACCGACUACCAGUGCAUCCACCGGGCCUCUGUCAGCAGCCUCAGCGCCAAGGAGAGCUUCACCUCCGAGGAGCCCCUGGCCUCAGAAAGUGCAAUAAACACAGAGGAGGAGCUGGAGACAGAGCAGGGCUGCGUGGCGGAGCUGAGACCCUCCGACUACCAGCUCCUCAAGAUCUUCAUCGUGCUGAUCUGCCUGCUGGUCGUGUCCUCCUCCUACCUGGCGUUCCGCAUCUUCCGCCUGGAGCAGCAGCUCUGCUCCCUCAACCGGGACUACCUCUCCCGCGGGCACAGGAGGUGACUGUCACUCCGGCACAGGACGAGGACCAGGCGGUAGCACUUUGUGUACAGAGCCAGAGGGGCCGGAGCCGUCUUCCAGCCGAACCCUGCGAAUUGCACGUGGCCGGGCGUCCCCUCGGCCGUAACAUGGGACCAAACUCUCCUCUCCUCCUGCUCCCCGCAGGACCACCCGCUGGCUCGCGGCCACGGCUGCCAACUCCCUGCCAACCCCCUUCCUCCCCGGCACACUGGGGCUCGAUGGCUUGGCGGAACACAAGCCUCCCUUUAAGACUUGCUGCUAAAACGAUCACUGGUUUGUACUCCAGAUGAGGGUUUUCUUGCUCAGAGAUGACCCGAGGCUCACUGUGAGCCCUGUGACACGUGGACGGGCUGCUUCUGCCCUGCGUGAAGCUGGGGCAGGAGCAGCUGCACCGCUCUGUUUGUCUUUCUCUGUGACCCCCUCCUCCACCCAGACGCCGCAGGGAUGGGGGUGCCAUGCGGGCUCCCCCGAGCCCCUUCGUCCUGGAGCAAAGGGGCACGCAAAGCACUUUAGGGUCCUCCACAACGGGCGUCCUUGCUGGGGACCGUGCCUGGGAAUGGUGCUGGACCAAGGCUUCGUUAGCCCCGCUCGCCUCGUUAAGGUGUCCCAAAAGGCCUGGCUGAGAAGGGCCGGGGUCGCGCUGUGUCUGUACGCGUGUCAGCCUUUGUCACCACACGGAGCCAUUGGUCAGAAUCCUUCCCUUGAGCUCACACGUCCGGCACCACGCCGUGCUGGGAAGAUAGGGGAUGCCCCUGUGAUUUCUCUGUUGUAUUUUUCCUGUUUUCUGGGAACUAAAAGUGCUGAUGGGGCCAAAUCCCUGAGCCCUGGGGACGAGCUCGCUGCCCGGCUCGAGGCUGUGAACAUAUUUUAAAUGAUAAUAAAUGGUGAUUUUUCUAGCA